AUGAGCGACAUUGACGUGCCCGUGGAAUCGGCUCUCACGUCGGCGUCCAAGCUGCUCUCGAGCGUGGUUUCGCAGCUGUCUACGUCGACUCGGCCGUCUUCGGAAGAGCUGCGUCAACUGCAACUGGUGUGUUCGCUGCUGUCGGGUCUCGAUCCGUACUUGGAUAGCGUCUCGUCGCCGGCGCCGUCGGUGCAACGACCUUUGCUCAAAGCGACGGCAGAGCACGAUUGGGCAGGAGCAUGGUCUCGCAAGCAAACGCUCUUCCAGCUCUCUGCGGCGUGGUCGGCAGGUGGUUACGAAGGCAACUUGGUCGGUCUGCUGACCAGACUCACGCACGCUCAAAAGGCGCUCGAGAUCGGCAUGUUCACCGGCACCACCACCGUCUGCAUCGCGCAGCAGCUGCGCCAAGGAGGCAAAGUGACAGCAUUGGAGAUCGACCCGUACCUGCACAACUUCACGCGCCCAUUCUUCCACCAGUCCGGUCUGGCCGAAAAGAUCGACGUCAAAGUCGGAAACGCCGUCGACCACCUCGAGGCCAUCUCGAAAACGAUUGUGUGCGAUCAAGACGCUUACGAUAUCAUCUUUAUCGACGCCGAUAAACCAGGCUACACGACGUACUUCAACAUGAUCCUGGACAAACACCUGUUGAAGAAGGACGGCUUGCUCGUGGUGGACAAUACGCUAUACAAGGGUGCGCCUUGGACCGAGGGGUUGGUGGAUGAAUCCUUGUUGGACAUCGCAAAAACCAAUGCAGAUGCCAUCAAGCACUUCAACCAGGUGGUGAGACAGGACAAGCGCGUCGAGGUGAUCGUGCUGCCCGUCAGGGAUGGCGUCAGUCUGAUCAUGCGCAACGAGUAG